AUGUGGUAUUACUUUUCCAUCCAGCGGCAACCUUCAAGCCUGCAAGCUCUAAGGAGUUUAAGAGCCCCCGGACUGACUAGGGGAACGUGCCACAGCUUCCAUACGUGCUUGAUUGUGAGCGAGAGAACGAAAUUCCGCAGAGCCCAGGUCCCCGACGUCGGCAAAGAUGUGGAGCAAAUCGAGGACAAGGUGGAGAAUCUAGCACGGCUUGACGAGGGGCUUGCCUAUUUCUACCGAACGACAAUGCAAGAGUAUUCGGUUCUGGGGAUCAUGAAUGCCAAGGACCGAUUUUUUGAGAACGACUUCUCCCAUAUGUCACACAAGGCAAUUGGACGAGAGAUCUCGCGAGCUAGCCCGAUGAGUCGUUGGCAGGGAAUCAUAGAACCGGGGCGGACAGCAUUUCGAGGCCUGAAGGGCGAGUUCGAACGGACAGAGGCUCGACAACCCUUUACCCCAUCCGCAACACACAAAAUUGGGGACUAA